AUGGAAACCAACAGUCCUCCUACGAUAUCCUCGCGGGCACUUCCAUCUGCGGAGUCAGCAACCUUCCCUGAGUCCUCAUUCUUCUCCCGCAAUGGUGCAGAGGCUGCGUUGCCGUCACCCGCCAAUGUGCGUGAGCAGAGUGCGAUACAAGGCCCCGCAUCACAGGCCGGAAGAGAUUAUGGUCUCAAGCCGGUUCGCUACGAGAAUCUGGGCUUAAUUGUCAAGUACGGACGUGCUCCAGAGGUGACCGUUGCCGAGGGCCAGUUACUCUGGGCGUUGCGCCGGGUCCUGCCAACGGUGCCUGUCCCUGAAGUGUACGGAUGGACUCACGAUGGCGGUCAAGUCUUCAUCUAUAUGGAGCUGCUAAAGGGAGUUACGCUUGAACAACGGUGGGGGUUUCUAGGUCCGGCUGAGCGAGUAGCGAUAUGUGAGCAGCUUCGGGAGAUUAUUCUUGACUACCGCAGGCUACAGCAUGCACCGGGUGAUUUCUUUCUGGGACAUGUUAGCCGUGAACCCCUUGGUGAUAUUAUUUUCACCAGUGGUAAUCUUCCUCCCGCUGGACCAUUCUACUCCGUCACUGAGCUUCACGACUGGAUAUCAACAGUACUCAAGAUGAAAGUUCACCCUUAUCACUGGCAAGGCAAAGAACUGUCUGAAAUCCCAGACCCUUAUCGAAGCAGGCUGUCAGACGAUGCGAAGGUUGUCUUUACACACGGCGACCUCCAUCCAAGCAAUAUCAUGGUCUCCGAA